GUGCCGUAUUGUUGUCUUCUUGGCCAGGCUUCGCCUCUCUCUCUCUCUCUCUAUACAGUCAGUUCUGUCACAGAGAGGAACGAAGAAGAAUAAGAACAAUGGAAGCUGCGAAUACAGAGAAGGCAAUAGCGCAUGAAAUUGGAGGAAUCCAAAAUGAUACAUUUCGUUUUGGACUCCACAGUGUCAAGAGCGACAUCGUUGGAUCUCACCCCCUUCAAUCUGCUUAUCAAUCUACGAAGGAGGUGCAGGAACAGAUGAAAAGGAGAAUUCUUUUGAACACGUACGGGUCGGCACUUCCGUUGAAGAUGGACCUCGAUCGCCAAAUGCUUUCGAGAUUCCAAAGGCCUCCAGGUCCAAUACCAUCUUCCAUGCUAGGUUUGGAGGCACUGACUGGAAGUUUGGAUGGCUUUGGUUUUGAAGAUUACCUCAGUGACCCACACGAGUCUGAAACAUUUCGUCCCAUGGACAUGCAUCAUGGAAUGGAAGUUCGACUUGGACUCUCCAAGGGACAAGCCUGCCCCAGUUUUAUCUGAAGCAUUGUGCCAUGCUGGCGGGAGAAAUUUAAGUUCUUCUUUGUGUUGCUGUUUCAUGGAUACUUAUGUUUCUCUCUACAAAUAUGCAGUGAUUGGUUAAGUUUUAAUUCAAAUAUAUAUUAGACUGUUAACCUGAUGGCGGGGCAUUUUUCCUUUCAAAAAUGGUAUGUUGGUAAUGAGUUUAAAAUAAGGGUAUAAGCAUAUAUAACUAGUAGCUCUGAAAUAUUUUAGAUUUCUUAUAUGUGGAAGUUUAUAGAAGCAUAUUUUUGUUGUUCAACCUUUGUGGAGGUUCCCCACUUUUGGAUGCCAAUAAGGGGAACUUUUGCCAAAACUUCCAAGUUCAUUUUGCUGAAUUAUUGAUGUUGCAACUC